GGAUCUAUGUUUCUGAGUAUCAAAUAAAUCUAUGGCUUGAUGGCUUCUACCUCUUCUACUCCUUUUCAAUCUGUCCGCAAAAAAGAGUAUGAUGUUUUCUUGAGUUUUAGAGGUACAGAUACUCGAAAGAAUUUCGUUGAUCACCUUUAUAAAGAACUACAAAAGAAAGGAAUUCGCACUUUCAAAGAUGAUGAGGGAUUGGAGAAAGGACAGCGUAUUGAGAAGUUGCUACAAAUUAUUAAAGAAUCAGAAUUUGCAGUUGUUGUGUUCUCCAAAGACUAUGCAUCAGCGAAAUGGUGUUUGGAAGAAAUUGCAACAAUCAUGGAAUGCCAACAACACUACGCCGAGGAAAUUGUGAUACCCAUUUUCUAUGAUGUGGAGCCUUCAGUUGUGCGCAAUCAAACACAAAGUUUUGGUGAAUCAUUUAAGAGACAUGAAGAAGAGAACACGGAGAAGGCGAAGGUGGAAAGAUGGAAGGAAGCGUUGGAAAAGGCUGCCCAAAUCUCAGGGUAUCAUCUGCAGAAUGACUUCAAUGGGUUUGAAGGAAAAUGUGUCGAAAAAAUUACUCACAAUAUAUUUACUCGAGUGAAUCGCUCCACUCAAGCUUCCUCAACUGUAGUGGGAUUGGAAACUAGGGUUGGCUAUGUGGGUAACUUGUUGACACUGGAACCUGAUGAUGUUCAAUUCAUUGGGAUUUGGGGUAUGGGAGGCAUUGGCAAGACAACAACUGCAAGGGCGGUCUUUAAGAAAUUUUCAAGUCAAUUUGAUGGAGCUUGUUUUCUUGCCGAUAUUAGACAACAUAAAAUCAUUGAAUUGCAAAAGACCCUUUUAGAAACAAUACAAAAGGAGAAGAUGGAAAUGGAAAUAAGCAAUGAGUUUGAUGGAAUGGAGAAGAUACAGAGAUGGCUUGGAAGGAAAAAGGUUUUGAUUGUUCUUGAUGACGUAGACCAUGUGGAACAAUUACAGAAUUUAGCCGGAUAUUGUAAUUGGUUUGGUAGGGGUAGUAGAGUGAUUAUAACUACAAGAGAUGCAGGGGUAUUGCGUUCCCAUGGAGUUGAUGAGAAGCAUAUAUAUGAAGUAGAAACAUUGGGAAAUGAGGAAGCUAUUCAACUGUUCAGUUCGUUUGCAUUUAAAAAGGAAGCUGCACCUGGUGUCAAAGAACUCUGUGGAUUAAUAGUGCGUUAUGCUAUGGGUCUUCCAUUAGCUCUCAGAGUUUUGGGCUCUUAUCUUUGUGGACUAGAGGCUGAUGAGUGGGAAAGCACUUUAGAGCAACUCAAGAAGACCCCAAAUGAUAAUAUUCUUGAGAAGCUUAAGAUAAGUUUUGAUAGACUAACUCUCACAAACCAAAAAACAUUUUUACAUAUUGCAUGUUUUUUCAGACACAAGAAGGAAGAAUAUGUAAAAGAUGUGCUUAAAAGUUGUGAUUUGUAUCCAGACGUUGCUAUGCGUGUGCUCAUUGAAAAAUCUCUCAUAUCAGUCGUGGAAGGAAGAAUUGAGAUGCAUGAUCUAAUCCAAGAUAUGGGUUGGCAUAUUGCAAGAGUGGAGAAACCUAGGAGCAGGGUAUGGGAGUUUGAGGAUGCUGUAUUAUACAGAAAAAUGGAGCUUACAGUUACUAAACACAUAGAAUGUAUUUCACUCCCCUAUAAUACAUAUGGAUUGUGGCUGCACAAUUAUGAGAAUAUUAGCAGUGCCUUUGAAGCUUUGAAGAUACUCAUAGUUAAAAAACGGUCGUGGAAGGAUACUAAUUUUGACGGUGAUGUCAAGGAUAAUUAUGAGCUUCCUAGCAGCUUGAGGUGGAUUCAUUUCCCAGAUUAUCCUUUCCGUUCAUUACCCACAAGUUUUCAUCCCUCUACCAUGGAUACCAAUCCAUUGGAGCUUGUUUCGAUUUGUCUGCGAGGUAGUUCUCUUGAAAAUUGUUGGAUAACUAAGGAAUUAAAUAAACUUACCUCUUUGGAUCUUAGCUAUUCUGGUUCUUUGCUAGAGACUCCAAAUUUUGAUAUGAUGCCGAAUUUGGAAAAGUUAUACCUUUCACAUUGUGAGAAAUUAAUAGAGAUUCAUCCCUCUUUCGGACGUCUUGAGAAGCUUACCUAUUUGAAUCUUAGCUUUUCCCCUUUUUUGCUAGAGACUCCAAAUUUUGAUAUGAUGCCGAAUUUGGAAAAGUUAUACCUUUCACAUUGUGAGAAAUUAAUAGAGAUUCAUCCCUCUGUUGGAGGUCUUGAGAAGCUUAUUUUAUUGGAUUUAUGUUCUUGCGGUAACCUAAAGAAGCUUCCCACCUUUAUUCAACUCUCAUCUCUUGAAUUUCUCCAACUUCAUGGUUGCCCAUUAGAAAAUUUUCCAGAAAUCCAGAAAAGUAUUCCACUUUUAGUGGAGUUGAAUUUAGGAUCCAUUCUCAUUACCCAACUCCCCUCAUCCAUCCGGCAACUAUGUGGGCUCACCAAGUUAUGCUUGUUUUCGUGUAAAGAUCUUGUAUCUCUUUCUGAUGACUUAUGUGAGUUGGAAAGCCUUAAAAUUCUUGUGCUUAGAGAUUGUGACCAACUAGAGUCAUUGCCAGAAAACCUGGGCAACUUGUCAAAAUUGGAAGAGCUUCAUAUAUAUGAUACUGCCAUUUUUCAACUCCCAUGUUCAAUAACGCAGUUGAGCUCACUUGAAUGCUUGUGUUGGGGACACAAACGUUGGUUUGGUGAAAGGCCUCUCAAAUUUGUGCCUAGUGUAUCAGGUUUGUGCUCAUUGAAAAGGCUACAGCUCUGUGAUUUUAAGAGCAUCGACAAAGGACUCCCUUCAGAUCUUGGACAAUGCUUGAUCUCAUUGGAAUAUUUGAAUCUUCAAGGAAGCAAUUUUAGUUAUUUACCUGAAAGUUUCGGUCAACUUCCUCACCUUAAAUACCUUAACAUUAGAGGUUGUAAAAAACUUUUAAAGUUGCCAGAACUCUCAAAAGCUAUAGGCGAACUAUUUGUGGAUUCCCAUUUUGCCUUUGGAAAAGAGUCAAUCAACAUAGAUAUGUUAGCAAUCAAGAACCCCAUGUUAUAUUCAAUCGCAGUCUCCUCCUGCUAUCCUUAUCUUAAUUCGUUCAAAGGUGAAACCUUUUUAGCUAAGAAGAGCAUUCAAUUUCCAUUUCACAGAAAGACUCCUUUUAGUGUUAGCUACUCAACCGAUUCAUCAUAUUAUCGGAUUAAGGAGGAGUAUUACACUCUCUUGAGGUCAUUCAAAUACCGAAGAUACGGGUCAAAUAGGAUCUCCUUCAAUCUCAAUCAUCGUUGGUAUAGCACACAAUUUGUGGGAAUUGCUGUAUUUUUUGUCUCUUCUCCAGCUGAUAAAUGGGGACAACACUCGUACCAAGGCUUUGGUGACCCUUCUCAUCAUCAUUGUGUGAUUAAUGCCAAACUAUCAUCACAUAAUGAUAUUAAAAAUGAAGAUCUCCAAACAAAAUGUGUGAUAGUUGAAUCAACUUUUUACGAUGGUCUUAACUACGGAAUAUACAAUUGCUUUGUCUACCUACCAUUUAGUAGUUUGUGGCCUGAAUCUAAACCUAUGAUGGGAGCAAAUGAUUAUUCAAGAUUCGAGGUGGAACUUGUGGAUUUGAAAGCUUCAGCAGAUUGGGGCAUUAAUUUAUUGUAUAAAUGCCCAAUAGGAGCAAGGGAGCAUAUGGCUAAUUGCCAUAGGAGUGAUUCAGGACUACUCACAACUAAUGAUAUUGGAUGCUUGACCUUGUUGGAGUCGGAGAUAGAGUACUUGAAUCACGGUAGCAACAAUUUUGUCAGUUUACCUGCAUGUUAUAGCCAACUUCCUAGUCUUCAAUACCUUGACAUCAGUGGUCGUGAAGAACUUGAAGAGCUACCAGAACUCCCAACUACUAUAAGAGAACUAUAUGCAAAUUCUAAUUUGGCUUCUGAAAGCAACUUAGUGAAGCUAGCAACCAAGUACCCAAAAUUAUAUUCUGUCUCAUUCUCUCCUGGAGAUAAAGAGGUUUCUGCUGUGGAGUUAGCUAGGAAGUUUGCUCAUCAUCAGCCUUUUCAAAUCAUGAGAGACUCUUCUUUCAUUGUUACCUAUCCUAGUGAUGCAUAUUCAACCGAUAGUGAUGUCACGAAACGGUUCAAAUAUUCAUCUCUUGGUUCAAAUAAGAUCUCCAUUAGUCUUAAAUCCUCCUGGCAUAAUCAAAGCUUUGUGGGAUUUGUUGUGCGCUUUAUUCUCAAUUCAUCUUGUUAUGGUAUAUGGAAAUCAUGCCCAGACGGUCGUCCUUUUAGAUACAGUGAGGUCAUAGCCCAGUUGGUACACAAAGAUAAUGAACAACUUCUCCAAACAAAUUGUGUGAUUGGCAGACAAUGCGAUGAAGCUUUUGAUGUAUUCAUGGAUAGACAAAUCAUAUGCUUUGCCUACAUACCAUUUCUUAGUCUGUUUAACAAUAAAUUGAGAGCUAUCCCCAGUGAUUAUUUGGUAUUUGAGGUGGCAUUUGGGAAUCCUGCAUCAAAUGUUUCAGCAGAUUGGAGUUGUGGUUUGUUAUAUAAAAAUGAUGAAUCAUUAAGUGAAGCAUUAUGGAGCAAAACUAUAGCUAGGUCCCAUGAUAAUGGUGAUUCAGAACUUAUUGAUGAUGAAGAGGCUUCAAUGGCAAAGAAUAGUGAUAUACAUGCUGCAUUAUCUGAAGAUCAACCUGCUUCCACUCAGCCUAAUCCAAUUAUUGGGGAAGAAAUACAAAGUGACCACAAUUAUGACACUGAUAAUGAAGAAGAUUAUGAAACUACAGCAUCACAACAACAACUAGGUCCAGAUAGAACCAAACUGUGGGAAUUGACAAAAAUUGUAGAUCAAGUUCAAUAUCAAAUGGUUUCCAUGCCAGAGUGCUCUAACGCUAAGGUUUCCCGACUUCUUUAUACAAAUUCUGGUGUUGGCAUCUUGAGACUCAGCUCAGAUGGUAUUCAAAAACUAUGGAAAUGGUCCUACAAUGAACAAAAUCCAAGCAGAAAGAAUUGGCAACCAAACAGUGGUCCUCCUAUGAUUAAUGAUGUGUCAGGUGUCAACCUAGAGGAAGUAGUUCCUUGCAUAGCCCUCUCGAAUGAUGACUCUUUUGUUGUGUCGGCUGCUGGUGGAAAUGUUUCAUUGUUUAACAUCAUGACAAGUGAGGUAAUGAAAACAAUCACGUCGUUGCCAUCUGCAUCAACUUUCUUAGCUUUUGAUCCUCAUGACAACAAUAUUAUUGCAAUUGGUACGGAGGAAUCAUCCAUAUAUAUAUAUGAUUGGGUAAAUGAGGACUUGAUCGAACUUAGAGAGCAUCGGAAACCGAUCACUGGUCUAGCAUUCUCUACCAAACUUAAAAUGUUGGUUUCUGCAGAUGCUGAUGCCCAGCUUUGUGUGUGGACCACUAGUUUGUGGAAAAUGAGAAGAUCAAUUCGCAUUCAGUUGCCUGAUGGUGAAGUGUCUUCAAGAUGUGACACACAAGUGAUGUUCCAUGCUGAGGAAAACCACUUACUAGUUACACAUGAAAAGCAAUUGGCAAUAUAUGAUGUAUCCAAGAUGGAACUCAUACACCAGUGCAUCCCACAUGUUUCCCUUUCUACGCGGAUCUCUUCUGCUACAUACUCCUGUAACAGCCAACUAAUUUAUGCAUCCUUUAUUAAUGGGAACAUUGGAGUGCUUGAUGCCGAUACCCUAAGACUGAAAUGUCGUAUUGUUCCAUCUGCUUAUUUACCUCAGAACAGAAGCGAGGUUGUGUAUCCACUUGUGAUUGCAGCACAUCCGCAGGAACCCAACCAAUUUGCAGUUGGAUUGACAGAUGGGUCUAUUAAAGUCAUAGAACCAUUAGAAUCCCAGGGGAAUUGGGAAGUAUCUGUAUCUUCCACAGUUGAUAAUGGGAAGAAAAAUAGUAGAUUGGUAUGGCAGGUUCUUCGUGGCACAUUGGCAACCAUGUGUCUUGGAUUAUUUGGGAUGGGCAUCUUUCGAAGUAUUCAAACUAAAACUAGAAAAUCAAAAAUGAAUUUUGAUGGAUAUAUGGCAGACGGGUCCAGAACAAACAGACCCGAUGAAGCAGAAAAAGGUGAACCCAACCGGCCCUAGGGCCGAGCCUAGCACUCGGCCUCAGCCAAUCAUGGCCCGACUAUGAGAUUCCAAUUAAAUUCAUCAAAUUUUAAAUAAAAUAGCUCGAGGUUCCAAAGGCAUGCACAAGAAACUGUUGCUGAGUGGAUUUUGGAAUGUGUGUAUUUGAUCAUGAAUGUGCACUUAUACAGUGUUUUUAGCAAUGUUGCUCAUUGGUUUUUAGAAUGUAUGUAUUUUAACUAACAUUAAUGUUUGAAUUUGUAUUUGUUUCACUCCCCAAA